AUGAGUACAAGUGAACCAGUACAAAAGCACAGAACCCUUGUGUUCGAUAAUAUCAAUGUGAACUAUGGUCACGGCUAUAACAAUAAUACUGGAGUUUUCAAUGCACCAAAAAGUGGUGUGUACAUCCUAACAUUUUCUAUUCAUUCGAGUUCGACGAGCUACACAAGUGCCGACAUUAUUGUAAAUAAUGUAAGUGUUGGAAGAGGUUUCACUGAUAGUUCAGAAGCCACUUGGGAUUUAAAUUCUGCGACCAUAAUUGCAGUUGCUUGGAUGAAUCAAGGAGAUGUCAGUUUCGUUAGAACCAGUCCUGAUUAUGCUUCACUUGGUACAUUAUAUAGUGGUUAUAUGGCUAGGUCUAGUUUUGCAGGAUGGAAAAUUACAAAUUAG